UCCAGAAAUUCAUUACUUUUAGAAGAUGGCGCCACAUAUACAACGGGACUACAACGCUAUUGGAGAUCCAGGCAGAUACUCACUGAGGACACUCAAGCAUGGUGAAAAAAAUUGUUUCCAACCAUACACUUUUGACGUGUCUAAAAUAAACAGUAAAGAGGAUUUCUUUCGUUGUAUUGGUCUUCAAAUGAAAAGAUUUCAGUACAAAUAUAGAAUGUCAAACAGUGAUCGUAAAAUUAAAAAGAUUAAUAUUCCCAGUGGUGUAACAUUGCGUGAUUGUUCUGUUAUUAUCCUGGGGAACACAUGUAAACUAUGUGGAAAGUGUUUUAAGUGUAAAAUUGAGUUAGAUAAGCAUAAUUUGUUAGAACAUCAGACACAUGAAAAAUUUGGUAACACAACUGCGAAAGAAACUCAAUGUACGGAGAAGGAAAUCGAAAUUUGCAAAAAUUUUCCAAAAUCUUUAAACCCUUCAGUAAUCGAAGCUAGUAAAAAUUUUGCAACAAAAGAAAACAAAAAAUUACGUUUAACCUUGAAAAUAGGAGAGGAAAUCAUUGCCAAAAUAUCGGUGAAUAGAAAACACUUAAGGAAAGAUAAUGUCGACAUGUGGACUCAAACCGAAUCGAAUCGUGACACUGAAUUAAUUGCAGACAUGAAUAUGUAUGAAAGUGUUACUUCUCGUAUCGAUCCUCUCAUGUUCGGUAAUAGUCCUUGCCAAUGUUUUAACCCGUCUGUGCAUACGGUACAAUGCACGAAUCGAUAUUUGGCUAGCAACAUUGUAGCAAGCACACAGGCGCUUCGUGAGAAAAUUAUAACGCAGGAGGAAACUAACUCUUCGCACAGGUUGAAGGAGUCACGCGAUAUAUCCGCAAAUAAAAAAUAUGGCACUACUUUUCGUGUUACUCCAAACUCAUCUCUUGAGUUAAAUUUAUCAUUUGUGACCGAAAAGUGCAAUUUACGUGAACAAGAUCAUGUUGAAAAUGGUAAUUUGGAGGAACUCUCCUCGACGCGUUCAGAUGAUGCUUCAAUAUUCAACGAAAUGUGUAAUAAAUCGCAGUACGCUAUAACAUCAAAGUCAAUAUCGGGCUACAACAAAAAAAAUGAUAGUGUUACAUCUUUAUCAAAAAAUACAAAUACUCGAUCAAAGAAUACCAUGCAAAUUAAUCUAGAAAACAUUGACGGAAAUGAGGAAACAACAAAUAUUAAUACAAAUCCAGUUCAGAAAGAUUUUAUUAUAAACAAUGCAGAAAACUAUAUACUGAGAAAAUUACAGGAUGACUCUAAUGUGAUACAGACAAUGCUACCGGUAAUCGUGCCAAUAAUUGUGCAAAAUACAAGUGUUCCUGGUACACCUAUUAAACUUAUGAUACAAUCAGCGUCAACGGAACAAAAGGAACAGCAACUGCGGCAAAAGCAGCAGCAACAAUUACAACCAGAUCAGCAACUACAAUUACAACAAAAACAACGAUUACAAGCAGAACAUCAGGAACAACCACAGCAAGGUCAACAGCAACAAGAAAUUACGGAAACUUCCUCUCUCUCCACGGAAGAUAAUUCCAACGAUGGGAUACAACAGUUGAAACUUCAGGAAGAACAGCAAUUACAACCGGAUCAACAGUCGCAACUGCAACAAGAACAGCAACUGCAAGUCAAAGAUCAGGAGCAACUACAGCAAGGUCAAAAGCAACAACAAAUUGUAAAAACUCCUACUCACAUCGUGAAAGAUAAUUCCGAUGAUGACGUGCAAGAAGUAUUGCGAAUCGUUCGGGGACGUAGCACUGCGGAUGUUAAUCACGAGUCACCAACUCGGUUCGAGCGAGAGAUGUUGCUACAUGUUGCCAUUAGAGAUAUGAAGAGAAUGGAAGGAGAAGGAUGGCACUUGCUAGAGAAAGUAAUCGACUCCACAGGAAGAAAAUCGAAAUGUAGUACCAAAUGUAGCGAAACGAAUGAUCAGUGUAUCAAAAAAAUGAAGAAAAUAACUGAAUUGGAUUCCGACUAUAGAAAUUCAACCAAAGAAAAAUAUAUUUCCCAUAUGAAGGAACACGUUGCGAAAGUGCAAAAUUAUAAUAACAUAGCAACAAUGUGUGGACCUGAUAAUGUAAAGGAAAAUUUGAUGACAUGUAAUGAGAAUAUCAAUAUAUCAUCUAAGACGAUACGACAGUAUAAUGUUAAUCGUCGUAAGGGAAAAUUCGAAAUAAAUAACAAUACGCAGAGCGUAGGAGAAUCUGUUAGCCAUUUUCUUAUGCCUUGUUCCGGCGACAUAGAAAGUAGGAAUAAAGGACCCAUCGUAAUAGAUCUAGUCAAUGGUACCGAUGAAUAGCAAUAGAAACUAUUGGAUCGGUAGAUAGCAAGCAUAGCUUUAUGAGAAUUAUGUCGAAUUGCGAGCAGCUAUUGCAGUGGUGGAUACGUUCUCAGAAUAUGUAAUACAUAUAUUACGAAAUGAAUAUGUGAAGUACCUUUAAUGUGGCCAACUAUUCAACUUUCAUUACUUGUAAUGUCGUCUUUCGUUGUAUUACGUUUUUUUAUAUUUCAUAAAUUACAUGUACAUGUAUAUUAAAACAUAUAUGCGUACUGAUCAAACGCAAGUUCAAUAUGUACUAUGUUCGAAUUAAAUGAACAGGAACUGCACUUAAAUGUUACUUAGUGUUAUCGCUGCCAAAAUGUUCCAAAAGCUACUUAUGUUUGUGUUAUACGUAACUUGACUUUGAAUUUUGUGUAAAGUAAAGAAAAUAUAGAUAUAUGUAUAUUAUCUAAAUGCGCAAAUAAUAUAAAUAAGAUGUUUACCUAAAUGCGCAAAAUAUGUGUUUUGUAUCAGUAUUAUUACUUAUUUCAGUAAUAUUCACCCAAUUUCAUCUUUUGUUAUUUUGUACUAGAUUAUUUACAUUGAAUAGAGUUAUACUCUGCUGUACAGAAUUAUAAUAAUACAUAUAUACGUAUAGUAAUUUAAGAAUUUUAUAUCUCUUUUUAAUAAAUGUUCUUCGAAAUGGAGAAACACAA